ACUGAAAGUCACAUUAUUUCAAUUCAAAACUUUUUCCCUAAAAGCAGUUAAUAGAUGACCUGCACAACUUUAUUGCUAACAGGAAAAGUAUGGUGUACAGGGGCAAGGCACAUCUAAUUUGAGUUUCUGUCAACUCGCAUUAAUAUCUAUCAGAACGUAAAUAUUUGUAAAUUAAGUAAUGGAAAUAUUGUUCCACCUUUACAAAAAUAUGGAAAUAUUAAAGAAGAUUCUACUGUUCCACAAGGGAAAAUUUAUGAAUUGAGAACCUACACGCUCUAUCCAAAAAAUACUAAAGAAUUUGUAAAAAUGACUGAAGAAUUAAUGCAUUUAAGAACAAGCCAUUCAAAAUUAGCAGGCUUUUGGACAUCAGAAUUAGGUGGUAUGAAUGAAGUGGUUCAUAUUUGGGAAUAUGAUAAUUACGCUCAUCGUACAAAAGUGAGAAAAGCACUAGCUGAAGAUGAGAAAUGGCAAAAUGAAUUUAUAAAGAAAGCUGCUCCAAUGUGGAUGGAUCAAAAAAAUUCUAUUAUGAUGUUAUUGCCAUGGAGCCAACUAAUUACACCAUCACAAAAGGGAAUCUAUGAGAUGCAAAUAUUCAAUAUGAACAGUCAUGCUGCUAUUUGGACCAAUCGUUUGAAAGCUGCUAUUGAAUUAAAAACUUCUUUUGUAGAAGAACAUAAAUCUGUCUUGAUUGGUGCUUUUUUGACAAUCUUUGGAUAUCAUAAUACUGUUGUUAUCUUUUGGCAACAUCAAAAUUUUGAUAUUUGUUCAAUUGGAAGAUUAAACUUGCUUAGUGAAUCAAACAAAGCAAUUAUGAAUGCUUUUUAUCAUGAAGUUGGAAGUGCUUAUAGCAAGGGUCUUAUUCCACAUAAAGUUUCUCCACUGCAAUGAAAUGAAGUUUGUAAGAAGAUGUCAACAUUUUGAUAACUUUCUAAUAUUAAUUGUAUAUUUUUUUGCAGGUAUUAUUUAGAUAUAAGAAAAUCUUUAUAUAAAGUAAUGUAGUAAUAAAGUAUAUAAAGUAGUAAACCCUGAUUAUCCAAUGUAGUAUUGACUGAUGCUUCCUUGGAUAACUGAAAACUCUGAUAAAAUGGAUGAUCAUGGUCAUUUCAGAUUUAAAAUUACAAAUAUAAAUAAUUUAUAUGCUAUCAUUUUUAAAUCUCCUUUUACACUUUAUUAAAUUUAAUCAUAUAUAAGAACAAUAUUUUUAUGCCAAUCAUUAUACAGCUAAUACAUAGAAUAGUUUCAAGAAUAAAAAUGUGUAUUAUUAUAGUUAGAUUUGAAUAUGAAUGGUUUAUCUCAUAU